CUAAAACGCGCUGCCGUGGGUUCGGGGUUUAUUGAUUGAAUACCGCCCAAGCGGGAGACUUCUGCAAAGAGGGAACGAGAGGUAGAAAUGGAGAAACGGAUUCGUUUAGAGCUGCGGAACAGGAAGCCCUCCGAUGUGAAAGAGCUCGUCCUGGACAACUGUCGGUCAUAUGAUGGUAAAAUUGAAGGCCUCACAGAUGAAUUUGAAGAACUGGAGUUCUUAAGUACAAUCAACGUAGGCCUCUCCUCAGUUGCAAACUUACCAAAGUUAAAUAAACUUAAGAAGCUUGAACUAAGUGAUAACAGAAUCUCCGGAGGACUGGAAGUAUUGGCAGAAAAGUGCCCGAACCUCACACAUCUAAAUCUAAGUGGAAACAAAAUUAAAGACCUCAGUACAAUAGACCCACUGAAAAAGUUAGAAAACCUCAAAAGCUUAGAUCUUUUUAAUUGUGAGGUAACUAACUUGAAUGACUACAGAGAAAAUGUAUUCAAACUCCUCCCCCAACUCACAUACCUUGAUGGCUAUGACCGGGAUGAGAAGGAGGCCCCUGACUCGGACGUCGAGGGCUAUGUGGAGGGACUGGAAGAUGAUGAGGAAGAUGAGGACGAGGAGGAGUAUGACGAAGAUGCUCAAGUAGUGGAGGAUGAAGAAGAUGAUGAUGAGGAAGAGGAAGGAGAAGAGGAAGAUGUCAGUGGAGAAGAAGAGGAGGAUGAGGAAGGUUACAAUGAUGGGGAAGUAGAUGAUGAAGAAGAUGAAGAUGAAGUUGGUGGAGAAGAAAAGGGACAAAAGAGAAAACGAGAACCCGAAGACGGGGGAGAUGAAGAUGACUAAAUGGAAUAACCUAUUUUGAAAAAUUCCUAUUGUGAUUUGACUGUUUUUACCCAUAUCCCCCCACCCCCAGCCCCGCCCCACCCCCACCCCUGAAACUUAUUUUUUUCUGAUUGUAAUGUUGCUGUGGGAAUGAGAGGGGAAAAGUGGAUUGGGUGGGGGGUGGGAAGGGGUGGAAUAAAGUACUAUUUUUACUGCCGCUCUUAAAUUUUUUUUCCUACUUUUUUUUGUGUCUGGUUUAGUCCCCGUAAAUGCAAGUAUAAACCAAGUGGUUAUUUCUGUUUCUUAUUCUGGGAGUAGAGAGUGUUGGCAUCCUUAUGUUUUACAAAUAUUGGUGGGUGACAUUUCCCCAGAUGGGCAGCAUCUGGGCUUGGGCUUGUCCCAUCAGGGCCGGGGGUGCAUAUGGAAUACCAGCCAUAUUAUAGGUGCUACUCUAGAUGGCACAGGCACAGUCACCCACCCACCCCUCCCCUAGCAGGGAGAGGCCACUACACUGAGCAGGUGAUGUCUUGUUUCUUGUUCCUGAGUGACUUGUCACUUUCAGCCAGGAGCUGCCCCUUUACCUCUUGGAAGAUCAGAAUCAUGUGUGUGGUUUGUAAACGGCAACCAAGGCAAUGAUUUAAUGAUGGGGGUUGGCUUGUUUUUUGGGGGGAAAGGGGGUGGCUGUGGUUUGAAGAGGUAUUUUCCUGGCCCUUCCACAAUCGUGUCUCUCUUUCCCUCUCUUUCCCCCUCCUCACCCCCCAAAUCCCAUGCUAGGUUCUGAUCUAUGAGAGGACUAAGCUGUCCCCAUUGUAUUGACUAGGGGAGGCGCCAGAAUGCUGAAAAUCACAGACAUUUGGAAAGUAUCCAAGGGUUCUCAAGUCCUCUGAGUUCUACGGGAAAUUAAUUUGACAAAUGUAAUUUAAAGAAAUAACAUUUUUUCCCCAACCCUUUUAAAAGAAGGGACAAAAACAAGGUGUGUACUGCUUGGUUUUGUAUUAUAUUAUGACACUCCAGCAUUUGGGGGGAAAAAAUGAGAGACUUCCACUUGUGCUUCUAUACUUUGAAAAUUUUUAUGAACCGAAGUGCAGGAGAUAGCACUGCAUGUAAUGUAGGGGUUUCUUUUUUCGUACACCCGAGCACGGAAAAACUAAUGCAAAAUUGUAUUUUCUUACCUAGUGGAAGUCGGAAAUGACUGCAAUUGCCUAGUGAAUGUACAGUUUUUCUUUCCUAUCCCUCUUUUGGAUCGCUUUAGAAGUGACUUGUUAUUUCCUAGUCAAUAUUUCAUCUGUAUAAAAGAACAUUUGCAACAGUUUCCCCCCCCCUCCCCUAAAAGAGCCAAACUUUGAGUUUUAUGUCUGUUUGUCAUUGAUAAAUUUCAAUAAAUCUUUUUAUACAA